AGGGUUUUCUUUUUCUCCGUUUUAGAUUCAAGAAUCCAGGUUCCACCCCACUUUCGUCCCAGCUCAACUCGCCGGAGUCAACUCAGCUCUGGAUAUCCUUUUUUCCAAUCAAUUGAUCUAGAUUGUUGGUUCAAAGCUGGGAUUUUUGAGGUGGGGUUUUUUGGGAUUCCAAUGGAAGCAUCAGUAGAUGGUUCUAAUACCAAGAAUAAUGACGGGGUUGGGAAUUUGAUGGCUGCAAGGAAUUCACUAAAACUAAGCUUAGAGAAAUCAAAAGCUCUAGGGUUAGCUCUUGAAAAGGCAGGACCGAGGUUGGAGGAGAUUAGUCAAAGAUUGCCUUCUUUGGGAGCUGCAGUCCGCCCCAUUCGUGCAGAUAAGGAUGCCCUCCUUGCUGUUGGAGGCCACAUUAACCGAGCUGUGGGACCUGCCGCAGCUGUGCUUAAGGUUUUUGAUGCAGUUCAUGGGCUUGAAAAGUCACUGCUAUCUGAUCCUCGGAAUGAGCUUCCUGGGUAUUUGUCAGUGUUAAAACGCCUUGAAGAGGCAUUGCAUUUUCUGGGGGAUAAUUGUGGAUUGGCAAUCCAGUGGUUGGAGGACAUAGUGGAGUACUUGGAGGAUAACAGAGUUGCUGAUGAGCUGUUUCUCUUGAAUCUGAAGAAGUCAUUGAAGGGUCUGAGGGAAUUGCAAAAUGGUGAAAGAGCACGACUUGAUGGUGGGCUUCUCGAUGCUGCUUUAGAUCAAUUAGAAAAUGAGUUUAGACGUCUAUUGACAGAGCAUAGUGUGCCACUUCCAAUGUCUUCUCCUUCAUCACUUGGAGAACAAGCAUGCAUUGCUCCAUCACCUUUGCCAGUUUCUGUUAUUCAAAAGCUGCAAGCAAUUAUCGGUAGACUCAUUGCCAAUAAUAGACUUGAGAAGUGCAUAUCAAUAUAUGUUGAAAUUCGCAGUGCCAACGUGAGAGCUAGUUUGCAGGCACUGGAUUUGGACUAUCUCGAGAUAUCUGUGUCAGAAUUCAAUGAUGUGCAGAGCAUAGAAGGAUACAUAGCACAGUGGGGAAAGCAUUUGGAGUUUGCAGUGAAGCAUUUGUUUGAGGCAGAGUUCAAACUUUGUAAUGAUGUGUUUGAGAGGAUUGGUCUAGAUGUUUGGAUGGGCUGCUUUGCUAACAUAGCAGCACAAGCAGGCAUUCUUGCUUUUCUACAAUUUGGGAAGACUGUUGCAGAGAGUAAGAAAGAUCCUGUCAAGCUUAUUAAGUUGUUGGAUAUAUUUGCAUCUCUAAACAAAUUGAGAUUGGAUUUCAACCGGCUUUUUGGAGGACCAGCAUGUGCUGAAAUCCAAAACCUUACAAGAGAUCUCAUCAAAAAGGUCAUUGAAGGGGCUGCUGAGAUAUUCUGGGAACUUCUUUUUCAGGUGGAAUUGCAGAGGAAGAGUCCACCCCCGCAGGAUGGGAAUGUUCCAAAAUUGGUGUCUUUUAUUACCGAUUAUUGUAAUAAACUGCUUGCGGAAAAUUAUAAGCCAAUCCUAAUCCAAGUUCUGGUCAUACACCGUGGUUGGAAGCAUGAGAAGUUCCAAGAGAAGCUCCUUGUUAGUGAGAUUUUGAAUAUUAUCAAAGCUGUUGAACUGAAUUUGGACAUAUGGAUGAAGGCCUAUGAGGAUCGUAAUCUGUCCCGUCUUUUUGCAAUGAACAACCACUGGCAUUUGUAUAAGCAUCUAAGGGAUACAAAACUUGGGGAUCUCUUGGGGGAGACUUGGUUGAGAGAACAUGAGCAGUCCAAAGACUAUUAUGCCACUGUUUUCUUGAGUGACAGCUGGGGCAAGCUUCCUGGUCAUUUGAGUCGCGAAGGUCUGAUUCUGUUCUCAGGUGGGCGUGCCACUGCUCGUGAUCUUGUAAAGAGAAGGCUGAAAACAUUCAAUGAGGCUUUUGAUGAGAUGUACAAGAAACAGUCUAUAUGGGUUAUAUCAGAAAAAGAUCUCAGAGAGAAGACAUGUCAACUUAUAGUACAGGCAGUAGUGCCUGUUUAUAGAAGCUAUAUGCAAAAUUAUGGUCCAUUGGUUGAGCAAGAUGCAAGUUCCAGUAAGUAUGCGAAGUACACAGUACAUACUCUGGAGAAAAUGCUUCUCUCUCUCUUUCAGCCAAGGCCAGUGAGGUAUGGCAGUUUCAAAGGUAGGUCACCUGGUGGAAAACUUGAAGUAGAUCUUCGCCGUGCUACUUCUUCUGUUGUGUGAUUGCCCAAACCAGUUAAUUCUCUACUGCAGUAAACCCCAAAGACAGCCAUGCACAGUAUUACCUUUAUUGUUAGAUGGUCAACCUUUUAUCUUGUACAUAUGGACACCCUCUGGGGCCUGGGAACAAACUUCCUACAGACAUUGCCACCCCAUUACUCAAGGCAUCUCUACGAUGUUUAAUUUGCAAGUUAUCAGUUUGCAACUGAUAUGAGUUUCUAUCUCCACUGCUAGGAUGGCUCUGCGAGGCAAAGGGAAUAAUCUUGAUGUUUGCCAGAUGAAAGAAUGAACAAGUACGUAAGUCUGAUUGUAUCAGAUUCAUACACAAUACUUCUCAGCUAUAACUCCUCAUUUUAGUUUCAUAUUUAGUUAAUGAUUCAGUUAUGCAAAAGACUAGAUUAGGUGUAAAAUUCGUGGUACUGCAGUGAUUAAUUUAUCCCACCCAAUUUUCUUUAAGGAAUCAUAAGCAUCCCAGUCCUACAAUGAUAUACUUGUUAUUUGUACUAUUGGGUGUCUGUUCUUUGUUCAUCAACCUUGUAUUACAGACAUGAGUUCACCGAAACUAUUGACAAUAAAAUGUUGGUUAGUUC